AUGUCCAAUUUUGCCAUGAGAAAACCCCCUACUACAGGAAAUGAUAUGAAGAGUGCCACUCAGGGGACCACGCCAAGGCAACAGGGCUUUCAUGACUUGAGCAAAAGAAGGGCUUUCUUACAGGAUAACAGCUGGAUAAAGAAGCGCCCUGAAGAAGAAAGAGAUGAAAAUUAUGGUAGGGUGGUGCUCAACCGACAUAAUUCCCAUGAUGCCUUGGACAGGAAAAAAAAUGAGGGAGAUGAACCAAAAGCCACAAUUAGUCGUUACAGAUCUGAUGACACUUUGGAUAGGAUCUCAGACAGAAAUGAUGCUGUUAAAACACAUAAGGCCAAUACCUUGGAUAACCGACUAACUAAUAGAAGCUUGUCUGCAUUUAGAUCACCAGAAACAACAAAAACGCAACCUGGAGUUUCAUUCAGUGAAGUUACCACCACAAUCCCAGCUUCUACCUCUACAACAACUCCUGUAAAGAAAAAGAGACAGUCCUGGUUUCCACCACCACCUCCAGGUUACCAUGCUGCCCCCAGCCCAGGAACAAGCAGAAGGGAACCAACUGUUCAUCCUCCAAUACCUCCAAAGCCUAGUUCUCCUAUUUCAUCUCCUCACACGCUGAGAAGGGAUAAUAGGCAGAUAUGUCCACCCAAACCAGGUGUAUACACAGAAACUAACAGAGAUGCAGAAAGAAAUAUAAGGAGCCAGGAUCUCGAGAACAUUGUCAAAGUGGCCACUUCACUGCAGAAAACUGACAAGGGUGAAGAAUUAGAUAAUCUUAUCAAGAUGAACAAAAGUUUAACCAGAAAUCAAGGUCUUGAUGGUCUCUUCAGAACAAGUCCUACGUCAGAACAAACAGAGAAAAGAGCCAAAAGUCUUGAAAGUCUCAUCUUUCUGAAUGCCCGGAAGGACAAAGAUGGCAAAGGAAACCAAACCCUCAGCACUUUCAUGAAAGAAAAUCCCAGAACAGUCAAGAAUAAUAUAGGAAAUCAAGAUCUAGAACCAGUUACCAAAGUGAACACCAGGGCAGACAAAGCUAGAAGAGGCGGUGAAGACCUUGACAAUGUUAUCAAAGUGAAUACCAAAGAACGUCAAAAUGUCACUGGAAAACAAGACCUCAGUGGACAUAACAAGGAGAAUCCUGAAACAAAUAAAAAUAUCAAGAGGGGCCAGAGCCUUGAUAAUCUCAUCAAAGUGACCCUUGAAGAAAAGAGAAGUAGCCCAGGUUCCAAGGAGUAUGAUAAACUCAUCAAAGUGAACCCAAGAACAGACAAAAAUGUACAAGGGGGUCAAAAUCUUGAUAGUCUCAUCAAAGUGACUCCUGAAAUGAAGAGAAUCAAGCAAGGGAACCAAGGCCUGGGCAAUCUCAUCAAAGUAGUCCCCUCAGCAAAUAAGAACUCUGAACAAGGUCUUGAUGAACUAAUUAAAGUAAACCCAAAAGCUGUCAAAAGCACAACUCGAAAUCAAGAUAUUGAUAAACUCAUCAAAGUGAAUCCUGAAACUCUCACCAACAACCGAAGGAACCAGGAUCUCAAUAACCUCAUCAAGGUGAAUCCUGAAGUCAUCCGAAGCAAUCAGAGCCCAGACAAUCUUGCUAAGGAGAACCGUUCAGCACUCAGAACCUCUAAGCAUGACCAGGACCAAAAAAAUAUCACUGAAGUGAAUUCUAGUGUGUCUAAAAGUAAGGAUAGAAGUUCCUAUGAGGAAACCAGGCCCGCAGGAGCAAAGGACACUGUUGUGUACACAAGGACGUAUGUGGAGAAUAGUAAAUCACCCAAGGUCGGCUAUCAGGAAAACAUAUCUGGAAAAUACAUUCAAACUGUUUAUUCAACCUCAGAUAGAUCUGUCAUUGAAAGAGAUAUGUGCACUUACUGCCGAAAACCCUUGGGUACAGAAACAAAGAUGAUUUUAGAUGAAUUACAAAUUUGCUGCCAUUCCACUUGCUUCAAGUGUGAAAUAUGCAAAAAACCUUUGGAAAACCUACAAGCUGGUGACAGUAUUUGGAUUUAUAAAAAGACAAUACACUGUGAGCCUUGCUACUCUAAAGUUAUAGCCAAGUGGAUUCAGUAAUUCUGGCACAUUGAAAUCAAGAUGAAAAUACGUAUUAAAAUUUUAAUUUUUUCAGUUUUAGACUAUAUCACCUAGAUAAAUCUUACACUGAAGACUGAGUCAUAUGUAAUUCAAAAUUCUAUCAUUGAAUAAAUAAUAUAAUUACCUUCAACAAGAUCACACACAUAAAAGGAACUAUCUGGUACUUAGCUAGAUUUGGUAAUCAAAAUUCGAGUACUUCUAGCUACCAGUGUCAAAGUGUUGGUACUUUCUGAUCGCAGUGGGCUCAUCGACUCUAAGGAGGCUGUUCCUGCUACAAACUUAAUCUGUACGUUAGGGUUAUUAUUAUAGAUGCUUCUCAUCUUCUCACCAUUUUCCCCUAAGAAUUUGAAUUUGUAUACACUAUUAACAUCUAUCAAGGGUGCAAGAUAUAUUUUAUUUUUGUGCAAAAGAAAUGUUAAUUGAGAUUUUAUUAUAAAGUAUGACCAAUGUCUAUUAACACUCAAAGUUAUAUGAACCUCAGAAAAUUACGUAGACUUUCCAGAUCCAUUAUCUAUAACAUGAAGGAUAUUGAACAAGAUGAUUUCUAAGUCCCCUUCUGCUCUCCAACUUCUAAAGCAAGUUUUUGUUUUCUCCUUAGAAACAUCUAAAUAUGUUAGCAUAUUGACUUGAGAUAAUAUCUAAACAAUUUAGUCUUUGUGUGAUCCUUCAAGUUUUCUCUCUCAGGCAUAUUUUUACAUAACUUAUAAAAAAUCAGAAAGACAUGGAUUUAUGGGUAAUGGGUAAACUCAUAUUAUAUUCAUAGAUUAUUAUUAUAAUUUGUUGAUUUUUUUCUUCGCAUGAAUUUCAAACUCUGAGUAUACAAAUAACCUUUGAGAAAUGAUGGUUAUGAACUACAAGGACAUGCUUUGGGGAAUGUUACAUUUAUCCGUUUUACAUAGCACUUUAUAUUUGCAUACAGUUGAUAAAAAAAUAAAGUGAACUAUGAGUUAC